UCCCCUCCCUCCCCCCUCCCUCCCUCCCAACCUCCAUUGCCGCUCCCCCCUCCUCCUCCUCCUCCUCGUCUCUGACGGACCACGCACCUUGAUCGAUCGGCCCGCCUCUUCUUCCUCUCUGGAGCUGGAGGUGGCGCGCUGGAUGGUCGCUGAGGCGGUGGGCUUCAUGAUGCCCCGCGCGGCGGACGGCGGCACCAUGGCGCCGGAGCUCGUCACCCGGGACUUCCUCGGCGGCUGCCAGGCGCCCGCCCCCGCCGCCGACGACCCCAGGCACGACGCCGCCGCCCUGCAGCCCGGCAAGCCACCGCUGCAGAAGCACCUCAGCCCGCCGCCGUCGGCCAGGGGGGACCUCAACCUCUUCCCCGCCGCCGGCGCCGCCAUGGCGCCGUUGCCGACGAUGGCGCCGGCGGCGGACUGCGCCGCCACCACCACGUACCACAGCGUGUGCACGAUCGAGAAGGUCAAGACCGCGCUGGAGCGGUUCGAGCGCGGCAAGCAGGGGCACCACCACCACCACCACCACCAGCAGCAGCACAGCGGCGCGGGCGCGACCGCGGGCGCCUCCCCGUCCUCCUCCUCGGUCACCACCUCCUCCGUCAAGCGCCGCGGCGACGUUGCCGUGGAGCAGGGCGACGGCUGCGACUCCCCGUCCGCCAGCGCCGGCGGCGGGGGCAUGGUGGCCGCCGCCUGCCCGCGCUGCUUCCUCUACGUGCUCAUCGCCCGGAGCGACCCCCGCUGCCCGCGCUGCGAGUCGCACGUGCCGCCGCCCCCGGCACCGGCCCCCAAGAAGAAGCCAAGGAUCGACCUCAACGUCGGCUUCCUCGGCACCUAGCCGGGCUAGCAGCUACUCCAACCAUGUAGCCAAGCCAAGCCAAGAAGAAGUAGGUCCUCCGUCAAGAUGGUUGUCGUCCGUCCUCGUCCUCGGCGCGUUAGGUAGGCAGCAGGCAGGCCUCCGGCGCCCGGAUUGGCCACGACGACGCCAUUGUUUUUCUGAUGCCACCGACGGAUUCCGGUAGGGAGGUGGAGGUGCUCCGAUCAAGAUUUUUUGCUUGUCCAUUUCCGAGUAUGGCCGGCCGUCCCCGAUGAUUCUGUCAUGUCAGAUCAAUCAAACACUCGAUAGAACAUGAAUGAAUGAAACUACUAUUCCUGCUGGUA